CACGCAGCAACGACGACGUGGACAAGGGCGACGAAAUAGAGUAGAAUGACCGAACUAGGACAGGCCUCGCAAUCACAAGCACAAGCACCAGAAGCAACACAACCAAAAGCCCCCACGCCGGACACGACCCCCGCCGUCGCCCCCACCGACGACGCUGAGCGCGAGCGCCUAGCCAAGGAGGCAAGGCUCGCAAUGUACCCGAACGGCAUGCACCCCAUGCUGCGGUACUGCAAGCCAUACUGGUGGCCAUACAAGACGUUUGCCAAGCAGCGGUGGCUUGGCCGGCGGCUGCUCGAGGUCGUCGCGACCGAGUUCCGCGAUCGGUCCGUGGACUACUACCGGCACGCGCUCGAGUGCGGCGUGACGAGGGUGAACGGCGUGCCCGCGUACCCCGACUACAUUCUGCGCGACGGCGACCGCCUCGACAACACGGUGCACCGGCACGAGCCGCCCGUGUCCAACGACCCGGUGCUCGUCCUCCACGUGGACAAGGAGCGCGAGUUUAUCGUCAUCUCCAAGCCAGGCAGUCUGGCCGUGCACGCCGCGGGACGGUACUUCAAGCACACGCUGCUCGAGAUCCUCAAGUCGGACCACGGGAUCAAGGCGUAUUCGGUCAACCGCCUUGACCGGCUCACUUCUGGCCUCAUGAUCCUCGCGACGUCGGGCAAGGCCGCCGCGCGACUCGCCGACGAGUUCAUGGAGGGCAAGGUCAAGAAGGAGUAUGUGGCGCGCGUGCGCGGCGAGUUCCCCGAGGAGGAGAUCACGGUCGACCAGCCCCUGUUGUCUGUCGACAGGCAGAUGGGCCUCGUGAUUGUCGCUCCGGAGGGCAAGCCGUCGCAGACGAUCUUCAAGCGCAUGAGCUAUGACAAGGAGCGUGACCAGAGUGUGGUGCAUUGCAGGCCGCUGACCGGCAGGACGCACCAACUCCGCGUCCACCUUCAGUACCUGGGCUACCCGAUCGCCAACGACCCCUUGUACUCGCAAGAGUCCGUCUGGGGGCCAGGGUGUGGCAAGGGUGGCGUCGACCUCGUGCCGCAGGGCGAACAGACGAGCCAGAUCCUCGCGAUCCAGGAGCGCCGCGCCAAGGGCAACGCAAGCGGGCAGUCGACGCCGCCGCCAAUCCCAGACGACUCGGACCGGCUCGCCGGGCGCGAGACGGGCCCAGAGAUCGGGCCGAACAAGAACGCGUUCAAGCCGCGCGAGUUUGACAACGUGGACAUCACGAGCCCGAUCUACCUCUCGCAGCAGGCGCGCAACGUGAUCGGCGCGCUGAGGCGGCAGCGCGACGAGGCCGAGGACUGGGUCAAGUGGAAAGAAGUGGUCUGGGCGACCAAGAAGGCGCAGGACGGGCUGGAAGGGAGCGACAGCAAUAGCGGCGCGAGCACGCCGCAGCGCAAGAUCCCGCACCCGAGCGUCAACCAGUCAAUCAAGCGCGUCAAGGCCGUCGACCGCGAGAUGUUCGAGGACAACCCCAACCCGCUCCCGGCGCCAGAGUACAUCCCCGAAGGGUUCUGCCACCAGUGCUUUAUCCCCGUCGCGGACGACCCGGACCCCGAGACGCUGUUUAUCUACCUCCACGCGCUGCGGUACCACACCGAGCACUUGGGUACUUGGGAGACGCCGCUGCCCCGCUGGGCGGGCGAGAAGUGGGACGGCGACUGGCGCGGGUGGGACGGCGCGCCGCCCGUGACUGUGUUGCCGGGCAAGGUGGCGGGCGGUGCGGCGCCGGCGGAGGAGGCGGGGGCCGAGGCUAAGGCCGAGGCCAAGGAGGCAGAGAUCGCUUAGACGUAGCCAUAGACGACGUUGUCAUAUUGCAUAGG